GAAGGUGAGCUCCCAACGAGCUCCGCCCCCUUCGGCCCCGUAGGGGUCCUUCCUCCGUCUGCUCCUCCCUCCCCCUUCGAGAGUUGACGCAGAGACCGAGAAAGCGGCAGAGGCGGGAGGAGGAGUAGAAACCGGAAAUGAGUGGCUAGCGCGGCUCAGCAGCCGACCUCUCUGGGGGCGCUCUGGGCGGGCGUGUUCUCUAUGCCCUAACCCCCCCCCCCAUCCCCACCCCCACUACCCGCUCCCCGCGUUUUGUGCUGUUUAUUGUCGCAGGAAAGCGGCUGCGGCCUCGGACCCGGAACAACAAAGCGCGAGCGACAGAGCCGGGGCCGCGGGGGCUCCUAGCAACGGGCCGGGGCGGGAGUUCCAUGGAGACUGGGCAGCGCCGCCGCCUCCUCCUCCUGCUGCUGCUGCUGCUCCGCCGUCGCCACCACCACCAGCCGCACUGCCGCCGCCUCCUCCUUCCCCCUCGGAUGUGAGAGCUUCAUGGUGCACUGGUGGGGAAGCUGAGUUUGUAAACUACCCCAAUGGAUGCAGAUAGUGAUGUUGCAUUGGACAUUUUAAUUACAAACGUAGUCUGUGUUUUUAGAACCAGAUGCCAUUUGAACUUAAGGAAGAUUGCUUUAGAGGGAGCAAAUGUAAUUUACAAGCGUGAUGUUGGAAAAGUGUUAAUGAAGCUUAGAAAACCUAGAAUUACAGCUACAAUUUGGUCCUCAGGAAAAAUUAUUUGCACAGGAGCCACAAGUGAAGAAGAAGCUAAAUUUGGUGCCAGGCGAUUAGCCCGAAGUCUACAGAAACUUGGUUUUCAGGUAAUAUUUACAGAUUUUAAAGUCGUUAAUGUUUUGGCAGUGUGUAACAUGCCCUUUGAAAUCCGAUUGCCAGAAUUCACAAAGAACAAUAGGCCUCAUGCCAGUUAUGAACCCGAACUUCAUCCUGCAGUAUGUUAUCGCAUAAAAGCUCUGCGAGCUACAUUACAGAUUUUUUCAACAGGAAGUAUCACAGUAACAGGGCCAAAUGUCAAGGCUGUUGCUACUGCUGUGGAACAGAUUUACCCAUAUGUGUUUGAAAGUAGAAAAGAAAUUUUAUAAUUCACCACUCAACUGGUUAGGUCCCCUAACUGAGCACCUUUUAAAACUGCUGCACAUUGGACUCAAGGCAAAAAGAAAACUGGACCAAUAGUAAUUGAGGAAAUAGACUCUUUGAUUUGUUCAUGGCCACAGUGUAAGCUCCAGUCCCUUUGGAUUUUAUUUUGAACAGUGCUGUAAUGUAAAAAGUUUACAAGAUGUGAAAUUGCUGCUUUUACAAAAGGACGUUCUAUUUAUUUUCGCAGUAAUUCUCAUGUCAUAAGCAGAGCUGUCACGGUGUGCACUACUUUUAAGACAUAUUUUGGUUGGGGUUUUUUUUGGGGGGGUUGUUUUUCAGUUUGAGCUAAUGUGUUUUAUUUGUGAAUAGUCUUUUACAUUUUUGUAUGCUGAACAUGGGCACCAAAGAAGCUGUAAAAGUUAUCUUUUUUCAAUUGAUGAAUGUGUGCACAAAUAAAAGUUUGGAAAAGAUCUCUCUUCAUACCUAUUCUAUUAUUUUUCUUCCCCAUUUUCUAUUUUAACUGAAAUUGUAUUACUCAGAAUUCAUUUUUUUAAACUAUGCAAUCUUAGUCUUUUGCUGAAGUGUUUUUUGGCUUCCAUUUGAAGUGUAUUUUGUAUAUAUGCCACAUGUGUACAGUAUGUUCUUAAUGCUGUGUUACCAAAUGUCAGUUUUUCUUGCAAAUUAGAAAUUUUAAAAAUGUAUAUAAACUAUAGGGAAUAAGUAGAACUUUAUAGAUUAAACAUAAUGUCUUACAUUGCUAACUUAAUAUGAGUGUUAAAUAUCUUUUGAGAGUUUAAAGAAUAUUAGUUUAAUAAAGAAACUUCUUACUCACAGAUGGGGUAUGAAAAAGCAGCUCUCUUGGGCUGCAUCUCUUAUUUACCUUUGUUACUCUGGAAGGACCUUCAGACAGCUGAAGGAAAGUGAUGGAGGUUCUCAAUUUAGGCCUGUGCUACAGGCUCCUGCCAGUCUUGGCAGUUUGAUGAAGUUGUAUGGUCAUGACAGGAAGUGCCCCCAGGCUGUACCAUGCCUGUACCAUUAUACUUAGAAGGAAGCUCACCUUGGGCUUGAAAGACAUUUUGUGAGACAUGCCCUCUCCGAUUUUCUCUUAUUUAAUGGAGCUUCCAGUUAGUGGAAAUGAUAUGAAAUUACUUUGUAAUCCUAAUCCCUGAGCAAUGGAACAGUAAUUUUGCUGCAGGAAUGCCCUAUGACUUGAAUUUAACCUAGCUAACAGUGUUUUUAUCCUGAAAAAUAAAACUGAGUUUCCACAAAUCAUUGGAAACAAUAAGGAACACAAUACUGCACCAAAAUCUGAAUGUAUUAAAAUGUUAUGAAACAUUUUGAAUAAAUUAUUAAAAGAUGUGAGCUCCAUUAAGUAACUUUUCCUGUAUAUUAUAGAAUGCUAAAUUAGGAUAAAUUGUACAAUUUUGUACAAAUGUUACAUGUUCUAUGUGCCCUCUUUUUCCCCUCGUCCUUAUCAUUCUCCAUCCUGAUUACCCUAUAAGAAGUGAAAAGGCUGACUUCAAAAUAAAAUUCUUUCUUGUGGAGGUUUGUCUUGGGUAAUAAGCCUGACUUUGAAAUUAUUCUGAAUUUGUAGGUUAUUUUAAUGUUCUCAUUAAUAGUUUUUCUUCUAUAUUUAAUUCGUUUUAAAGUUCAAUAGUUUAUCUAAUGUAAAGAAUCAAAAUGGAUGAACAAAAGUACAAAUUCUGUAUUAUUAGUUUGAGCAUUGGUUUUAAUGAGCUUCCAGUUCUAAGCUGUUAAUAAACAAGGGAGCAAUAAGGAAAGAAGUGCAUAUGGAACAAUUAUAUUUUUAGAAAUUAUUUUAAAACCAGGAAAAGAAAAAAAAUAUGACUAAACCCAAGGAUUAGACUCAAAUCUCUUAAGAUUUUCAAUGAUGGUUAAACCAGCUUGAUUAGUACUUUCUCAAAUGGUACAUUUGGUUUUUAAAUUGGGGGGAGGGAAGGUGGUGCUGAAAGGAUAGAGAUUGUUUAUAUAGAGCUGAAUCAGUAUCAUUAGGUAGUGUUAGAUUACAACCCAAUAGGGUAAGAGCAACAAAUGGAUAUAUGCUAAGAGAGAAAUAGCUAUAAAACAUAUGUCACACACACACACACACACACACAGUUAUACUGGGGGAAGAGUAAUAAAAAUAUAUCCUCAUCCACAAUUCUCCCUAUUCUUGGAAAACAGGAGUUCUGAUGUGAGAAUGGGUAAACAUUUAAUUGGAAAUUAGAAUUAAUAGUUUUUUGAUACUGGUAUCACCAGCAAUAACCAACAAGGUUUGCAAGCAUCUGUUGAUCAUGAGUGCUCAUAAGCUAUAAUGGAGUGGGUUAUUUGAACCAUUUCAGGGAAUACCUGAGAAGCUUAUUUAAAAAAAUAAAAUAAAAACUAAGCCUGA